AUGGUACCUGUCCAGCUGGCUCCGCCCACCUCUGUGGCACUGAAGCGAGUCCAAACGACAGCCAAAGGUAAACUGAAUAGGAUUGAUCCCUACGGCUUCGAGAGGCGAGAUGAUUUCGAGCCUUACAAAGAGAUGAUGAACGAGUACGUGGCCGUCCUCAACAGAAGGUCAAAGAGAUGGUCCAAACUCCUUCAAGACAAGCCCACUGUUGAGAAGAACAUCACAGUGAAGAGAUACGUGCGUAAAGGCGUGCCCAACGAGCACCGUGCCAAGAUCUGGAUGGCAGCGAGUGGUGCUCAGGAACAACUGGAGGCUAAACCUGGUUAUUACCAAUCUCUGCUGGAGAUGGAGCAUGACGCCAAGCUGAAGGAAACCAUCCACACAGACAUGCAUCGAACCUUCCCUGACAACAUCCUCUUUAAGAGUCGAGCAGAGGAGGGCCUGCAGAAGGCUCUGUACAACGUGCUGCUGGCAUAUGGACACCACAACCAGACCGUGGGCUACUGUCAGGGAAUGAACUUCAUUGCAGGUUAUCUCAUGAUCAUCACCAAAGAUGAAGAGCAAUCCUUCUGGCUCAUGGAUGCACUUUUAGGUCGAAUACUCCAGGUUUUCUUCACAGACCCGGUCAUCUGCUACUUUCUGGAUGCGUUCCUGAUGGUUUACUGCAUCGCUGCCACGGCUCUGUUCUUCAGAGAAAAGGUGAGUGUUAGCACAAAGAACGCAGAUUAG